GGCAACAGUGAUGGCCAAACAUGUGUAGAUUGAGAAUUUUUCAUAAAAUGUGUGUAUUUUGAGAAUUUUUUUUUAAAUAGGUAUAUUUUGAAUUUUUUUUUAAACAGGUCCAAAGGAUCAACGGCCCAACAGAAUUGUCUAACGAUGGAAACGUGGGUGAAUUUGGAACUAAUAAGGUAGUUGGUCAGUCUCAGAGAGCUGAAACGUGCACCGAUCCUGCACCAGGCACCUUGAUCGUUAUUAUAUAAAGCAGAUUGUGAUGAUUUUUCUCUUCUGUCAUCAACUUUGUUAGCAGGCUUUCACCUUUAGGUUUCUUCCAGCUCCGACAGCAAUUUAUUUUGCUUCCAGGUCCGUCUCCCGUCUCCCGCCUUCCAUCUUUCUGCUUUUUUUAAGAUGUCUGGUCUCUAGAGUUUGAGAUUAAUGAACACCAACAAGUCUGUGUGUGUUUCCCUCUCCUGGGUCUCUCGUAGUUUGAUUUGCAGUUCAUCCUGGGAAAGGGAAGGAUAGAACUUUAGUAGGACUUGGCUAACAUGAGUGGCUGAACUUCUGAUACUAACAUGGCUUGGAAAUUGAGGGUAAACCAGAUACAACUCGUGAGGUCCAUGGCCGACUCAGCUGCUGGGAAGAAGCUUAUCCGCGUGGAUGUGAGUUCUGACACUAUAUGCCCAUGGUGUCUUGUGGGGAAGAGAAACCUGGACAAAGCUAUAGCUGCCUCUACAGACAGAUUUGAUUUUGAGAUCAGAUGGCACCCUUUCUUCCUCAAUCCCGCUGCACCUAAAGAAGGGAUGAACAAACUGCAAUUUUACAAGGACAAGUUUGGACCUCAACUUGAUGGAGUUGUAGCACGGAUGACUGAGGUCUUUAGAGGCCUUGGUCUGAACUAUAACCUGUCCGGCCUCACGGGAAACACUCUAGACAGCCACAGGCUUAUAUAUUAUGCUGGAAAGCAGGGUUCUGAUAAGCAACAUAACCUUGUUGAGGAGCUGUUCCUUGGCUACUUCACUCAGGCUAAGUACAUUGGAGAUAGAGAAUUUCUUUUGGAAUGUGCUCAGAAGGUUGGCCUAGAAGGUGCAGCAGAGUUUCUCGACGAUCCCAAUAAUGGGCUCCAAGAGGUAAUGGAAGAGCUCAACAACUACUCCUCGAACAUUAACGGAGUCCCAUACUACGUGCUGAAUGGGAAAGUCAAGCUGAGUGGUGGUCAGCCACCAGAGGCAUUCCUGAGAGCUUUUGAUGCUGCUUCAAAUUGAUGAGCUGAAAUUACAUCCCCUGACAAGAGUCUAUGUAUGUAUGUGUGUUAUCAAUAAAGGAGCUAUAUAUAACGCUCGAAUUCAGCCACGCAUAGAAUUCUAUUCAUGUGCUAGCUAUGAAUAAAGGACCUACACCUACAUUUAGUUGUUGUAUUCUUGUCAUGUACACUAAAAGAAUUGUGUGUAAUAAUGAGAGAUUGCGAGCCUGCGUGCGUUCAAGUGCUUAAGCCUUAAUGUAUGAACACAGUGAUCCCUCUACAACAGGGAAUUUCCUUCUUUUGUUUGGUUGAUGAAUAAAUGGAAUGGAAUAGU